CUCUUUUUUUUUCUCUUUCAAAUGCAAAAUUUUUAAGUGCCCAGCACCAUAACACACGAGACACUAGCAAGUGGAAAAUAACUAUGGCGGACACAGCUAAGGAUGCCGUAGCCGGCGUUGUCGACGCCGUGAAAAAUGCAACCAUUGGCGAGUCUUCGCAACAGGCGGGGGCUUCUGGAGGUACUGCGCCGAACUUGGUCCUUGACGAAGAGACAGGUGAGCGCGUGAGCAAGACUGAAUACAAGAAGCGAGUGAAGGCACGCGAGGCUGCUGCCAAGAAGGCCGCAAAGGCGGCAGCAGCUCCCAAGAAGGAGGUUUCCAAGAAGUCAGACAAGGUCGACAUGAGCGAUCUGAACCCAAACCAAUACUUUGAGCUGCGCAGCCGUCAGAUCAAGCACCUGCUCGAAACUAAGAACCCCAAUCCAUAUCCACACAAGUUCCACACCGAGCUGGACAUACGAACUUUUGUGGACAAGUACCAGCACCUCAAGCGCGGCGAGUAUGACCAGUCGGUCGAGCUGAGACUCGGCGCGCGGAUUCUGUCUAAGAGAGAGCUUGGCAGCAAGCUUAGGUUCUAUGUGUGCCAGGACGAAGGCGUGACAGUGCAGGUCGUGGCACAGGCGGACCACUCAGCGGACCCCCAGAAUUUCGUGCAAGAGCAUGAACACCUCCAGCGCGGCGACAUUAUUGGUAUUGUUGGCUUCCCUGGCCGCACAGAUCCUCAAGGCGAGAAGAACAAGGACAAGCCCGGCGAACUUUCGAUCUUUGCGCGGUCCGUUCAACUUUUGACACCGUGUUUGCAUCAGCUUCCGUCCGAACAUUUUGGCCUCCGAGACCAGGAAACAAGGUAUCGCCAGCGUUUCUUGGAUCUGAUCAUGAAUCGACGCACGAGAGACACAUUCGUCACGCGGACCAAGAUAGUCAAGUACAUCAGGAGCUACCUCGACAAGCGUGACUUCCUCGAGGUCCAGACACCCAUGAUGAACAAGAUUGCUGGAGGGGCCACUGCCAAGCCAUUUAUCACACACCACAAUGAGCUGAACAUGGACCUUUUUAUGCGUAUCGCGCCUGAGCUGUACCUCAAGAUGCUGGUUGUAGGCGGCCUUAAUAGGGUCUACGAAAUAGGACGACAGUUCCGAAAUGAAGGCAUAGAUUUGACUCACAAUCCCGAGUUCACUACUUGUGAAUUCUAUUGGGCAUACGCAGACUACGAAGAUGUGCUCAAAUUGACUGAGGACAUGAUAUCUUCACUCGUCAAGGAAGUUACUGGAGGCUACAUCACGGAGUUCACGACGCAAGGAGGCGAAAAGUACACGGUGAACUGGGAAGCACCAUGGCGACGUGUUGAUAUGAUCCCAGCUCUUGAAGAGGCUUGCGGAGAAAAGUUCCCUCCGGGUGAUCAGCUUCACACUGAGGAAACGAACGCCUUCCUCCGCAGGAUCCUAGCUAAGACGAAGGUAGAAUGUAGUCCACCCCUAACGAACGCCAGGAUGAUCGACAAGCUUGUUGGAGAGUUCAUCGAAGAAACUUGCAUAAACCCGACAUUCAUCUGCGGCCAUCCUCAGAUGAUGUCACCUUUAGCCAAGUACCAUCGUUCGCGCCCUGGUCUGUGCGAGCGUGCUGAAGCAUUUGUCUGUAAGAAAGAGAUUUGCAACUUCUACACGGAAUUGAACGAUCCUUUCGAUCAGCGACUGCGCUUUGAGGAGCAAGCACGCCAAAAGGAAGCUGGUGAUGACGAAGCACAGUUAGUCGAUGAGACGUUCUGCACUUCAUUGGAAUAUGGCCUGCCACCGACCGGAGGCUGGGGUUGCGGUAUCGACCGCCUGGUUAUGUUUUUGACAAAUCACUACUCGAUCAAGGAAGUGCUCACAUUUCCGUUCAUGAAAGAUGACACGAGCCGACCGGCAGAGAAGACUGCAGCCGAAAUCACUGACGUUCAGCCUAUGCCCGUGGAAGGCAUUCCACACAAAUAGAUUGGGCAGUGCUAAAUCAAACUACAGGUCUUUUUCAUGCUGAGAAUAUUUAGAUAGAGAAAUACAAUCAAAAGAUUUUUUUUA